AUAGCUGCAUGCCAAGGUUGCAGAGAUUAGAGGUGCUUAGAGGUGCAGAUGUACAGUAUUUAAGCAACGGCGUGGACAGUCAGGUCAGCUGAGAGCAGAUGCAGAUGAUUAGAGACUAAGCAGAAGAAACAAGACUUGCAGCUGAAGUCCAAAGCCUCAAAACCCCACAGGCACCUGUACUGCACCGUGCCCAGGAUGCGGCUAGUUGUCAUGGCAGCGGUGUUGGUGCUGGCGGGGGCGUGGCCAGGGCCGGGGGCGUGGCCAGGGCCGGUCUGUGACUUUGGCUGCCGUCCAGAGAACGUCAGCCUGACGGUGGAGAGCUGCGGCCGGGCCGAGCAGGUCCUCACCACCGUGUGUGAGGGCCGCUGCUACCAGGAGGACCCCGUCUACAUCGGCCCGGAUUACUGGCCCAGGCAGACCAUCUGCAGCGGCGACUGGUACUACGAGGUGAAGCACAUCAAAGGCUGCCCGGUGGCCGUCAGCUACCCCGUGGCCCGGAGCUGCAUGUGCGCCCCGUGUGAAACCACCAACACGUACUGCGGACGCUUCCCCGGUGACCUGCCCAGCUGCCUGUCCAAAUAA